CCAGGGGCAGCCAGGGAGCAGAGAAGGGCGCCCCAGGUGGUUUUUCCCUCCCUCUCCUGAGAUGUCAGGGAGGGAACCACCUGUAUCCUCCUCCAUAGGGGCCCCACAGAGCCUGGGGGCCCCCAGCCCCAGAGCACGGAGCUGGAGGAGGCGCUGCUGACAGGUGCUCAGCCAUGCGCCCUCAUCCCUCCUGCUCCCUCCUCAUCCUCUUCCUCUUCCUCCUCCCCAGCAUCCCCAUGGAGCCCCACCCCCCAUCCUCCACACUGCCCCCCUUUCUGGCCCCUGAGUGGGACCUUCUAUCUCCCCGCGUGGCCCUGUCAAGGGGCGCCCCUGCUGGACCCCCUCUUCUCUUUCUGCUGGAGGCCGGGGCUUUUGGGGAACCGGCGGGCGCCCCAGCCAACCGCAGCCGGCGUGGGGUGAGCGAGACAGCGCCCGUGAGCCGCCGGGGAGAGCUGGCCGUGUGCGACGCAGUGAGUGGCUGGGUGACCGACCGGAGGACCGCCGUGGACUUGCGUGGGCGCGAGGUGGAGGUGCUGGGAGAGGUGCCCGCGGCAGGUGGCAGCCCCCUGCGCCAGUACUUCUUCGAGACACGCUGCAAGGCCGAGAGCGCUGGGGAAGGAGGACCCGGAGUGGGCGGAGGGGGUUGUCGCGGCGUGGACCGGAGGCACUGGCUCUCGGAAUGCAAGGCCAAGCAGUCCUAUGUGCGCGCGCUGACCGCGGACGCGCAGGGCCGCGUGGGCUGGCGCUGGAUUAGGAUCGACACAGCCUGCGUCUGCACGCUCCUCAGCAGAACUGGCAGGGCCUGAGGCCCAGGCUUAGGAACUCCCUAGGCUGGGGAAAGGAGAGAGCUGGAUGCCCAGGGACCUCAGGACUGGCCUGGCUGCUCUACGUGCCUUCUGUUUAGGAACUGAAAUGACUACACAAUUAAAUCUCUCAAUCUGUGUAGAAUGUGCUGAAAC